CCAUAAUGGCUAAGGAGGAGAAUCCGGGACCGGAUGACUCUUCCAAUCCUGAGAGUCUCCUGGAUACCUUACUGAACAACCUCUACGACUUUGGAGAGAUCUUAGAUAAAAAGACAUUAAAAAGAAGCAAAAAUAAAAAGAACAAGAGAGAUUCAGAAACUUCAGAAGCCUCAACAGUGGACACAGCCUUGCAGCCAGAUGAUCUUUCCAGAGGUCAAAAGAAAAGUGCUUCUAGCUUCUUCAAAAAGCUUAAGGAAGAGCUUCUUUGUGACCCUUCUAAGGGUUCCACCGUUCCUGCUCAUCCAGAAGUCUCUGCAACAAUUUCCCCUGUACCACUGCUAACAAGGGGGAAAAGAGAACCAGUGGAAGUUGUUGAGUUUCGCAGCUGGAAUAAAAAGAAGAAAAUUGAAGUAGAACCACCCAAGAUUGAAGACACAAAGACAAAAAUCAGUGCCCUUGAGAAGGAUGUGGGUAUACAAGAGUUUAAUUUGGAAAAGGCCCGUUUGGAAGUGCAUCGGUUUGGGAUCACUGGUUAUGGGAAGGGGAAAGAACGGAUCCUGGAACAAGAGAGAGCCAUCAUGCUUGGUGCUAAGCCUCCAAAAAAUAAUUAUGUGAAUUACAAGAUUUUACAGGAGCAAAUCAAAGAAAAAAAGGCAGCAAGGGAAGAAGAGAAAAGAAUGGCCCAGGUCACAGAUGCUUUCAGAACAAAGAAGAGAAAAGGUUCAGAGGAUAUUAGGAAAUCCAAAAAGAAGAAAUUGGCUCCCAACAUUUUGUCAACAGGAUCAGCAGGACAAAUUGGAAAAUUCAAAAAUGGGACCUUGAUUCUGAGUAGUGUGGAUAUCAAGAAAAUAAAUUCUUCUAAAAUGACUAAAUGAAAUAUUUCACUGAAUCAACUGAAAAAAGAGAAGAGAAACAGAAAUAAGCUCCUUGAUCCUAAAGGAAUAUUAUAAAUUCAUUCAAAGAUUUCCUUAUUUUCACAUUUUUGCUGGGGGCUUUUUAUGUCAUUUCCAUUAUAUCGUUCCCUCUUCCAAAGAGCCAUGGCUUCUGACAAAAGGAAACAAAAAAGGAAAAGAAUUCAUUUAAACCAAGCAACAGAUAAUUAAAGUGAAGUGUUAUGGCCCCCCCUAACCAUUGUCUUCUAUCUCCAUCUGCAAAGAAAGAAGGGAAGAACCUUCUACUCUUGCUCUAAGGCCAAACUUGAUCACUUCCAAAGAUUCCAUUUCUGUUGUUUUAUUGUUGCUCUUUUCAUUUUCAUUCAGUAUGUUAUUUUCCUGUUUCUCUUUCACUCAACAUCAAUUAAUAUACAUCUUCCCACAUAUCUCUGCCUUCACCAUUUCUUUCAGAUAUGUACCAUAGGUUUUUGGUGUUUUUUUUAAAGCUAUUAACCCAUCACUAAAAAAAGUGCUACUGAAAAAAUAUAAGACAUCAAAUGAAA